AUGGUCAAGGACAUACUCAACGAGCCUGGCAUGGCUGCGGCUCUGACUGGCAAGCUGCUGAUCAGUAUAUGCGCUGGCGUGACUGUCGACCAGAUCCAGGGGUACCUGAACGACGAGGUCCAGCAAUGCACAAUCGUUCGCGCCAUGCCCAACACCGCCUCCCUCAUCCGCGAGAGUAUGACUGUCAUUGCAACCAGCGAACCUCCCUUACCACCUCAGCAAGCCAGCUUGGUGACGUGGAUCUUCAAGCGCAUUGGCGAAGUCGUCUACCUCCCACCUACUGCCAUGGAUGCCAGUACGGCACUCUGCGGCUCCGGCCCCGCCUUCUUUGCCCUGAUGCUUGAGGCGGCCAUCGAUGGCGCUGUGGCUAUGGGCCUGCCGCGCGCCGAGGCCCAGCGGAUGGCCGCGCAGACCAUGAGAGGUGCUUCGGGACUGGUGCUGAACGGCGACCAUCCUGCUUUGCUGAGGGACAAGGUCAGCACCCCGGGUGGAUGUACGAUCGGUGGAUUGCUUGUCCUCGAAGAAGGUCGAGUAAGAGGAACCGUGGCUAGAGCCCUCCAGUAG